CGAUAGUGCGCUAAAAAGGCUAUACCGGAAGCUGAUAGAUUGGCCAGGUAUAAAGACAUGCCCCAGCUACACAGUAGCUACAUCCCAAACUUGACCUGCCUUGAGUUAUGCCUGCUAUCCAACCUCCGAGCAAGGUGCUUGUGUCGGGCGCGAAUGGGUACAUAGCAAUGUGGGUCAUUCGUGACCUUCUAGAGCACGGUUAUUCCAUCAGAGGGACUGUUCGAUCCACAAAGAAAGGUGAAUAUGUAAAGAAGUAUUUUGCGGGUUAUGGCGUCAAACUCGAAAUUGUCGUUGUCGAGGACAUAACCAAGGAAGGAGCAUUUGACGAAGCCGUCAAAGGCGUCGAUGCUAUCGCACACAUUGCUUCUCCCGUGUAUAUGCCUGGAGAUAUGGUAGAACCCGCCUUGAAAGGAACCACAGGAAUUCUGCGGAGUGCGCUUCAGUUCGGUCAAUCUAUCAAGCGCAUAGUGUAUACAUCUUCGGCGGCAGCCAUACCAGGCGAAAUGAACCGGCCAACCGUAUUUACCGAGGAAGACUGGAAUUUUCAGGUAGUUGAUCUGUUAAAGGAGCAAGGUGAAAAUGCGUCCGACGUUACAAAAUACCGUGCGUCCAAAACGCUGGCGGAACAAGGUGCCUGGUCAUUCGUCAAAGAACACCAGCACGAGAUCAGCUGGGAUAUGACAGCAUUGAACCCAACUUAUGUGUUUGGGCCGUCUAUCCACGAGGUGACGGACCCUACCUCACUCAAUUUCUCCGCGAAGUUGUUCUACGACCGCGUUGCGGAUUCCACAAAGUCCGACGAGGUGGAGGAGCAGCUCCUUAUCAACACCUUUUUCACUUGGGUCGACGUUCGAGAUUUGGCCGUGGCACACCGACGAGCCCUUGAGGUACAAGAAGCAGGAGCUGAACGGAUUAUCAUCAGUGCAGGUCCUUGGAGGUGGCAAGACUUCAUGGACACGGCAAAUCUACUUGACCCACCCCCGCACUUGUCAAAGCCGUUACCGAAGGGCCACCCAGGCACCGUUUCGCAGCAUGCAUGCAUGUAUGAUUUCGACAAUACGAAGUCCCAACGUAUCCUCGGCAUGAAAUAUCGUUCGAUGGUGGAAAUGACCACGGACACGUUUGCGGAUUACGAAGCUCGCGGUUGGUAGAAACUUCAGUUUGCAGUAUAUGAUACACACCCACAAAGUCAGCUCAAUCCUCUCUCAACCCAUAGCAUGCAGCGGGUGAUUAUGGAAUUUCCACAAGCGGGCCACGACCACUUCUUGUUUGUGCGUUGCGUUACAGUCUGGGCGGUGAGAAGUAGAUAACCACCUGGUGACCUUCCUGUUACAUAGCAGCGAUUGCUUGGCGCGAAAGAUUCUUGGAAGAAGACGAAGUUAGCCAUGGGGCAACACAAGAGUCGGUGGGCAGUCGCCGAGCCGGCUAAUUUUGUAGACUAUAGAGCCGUUGGCAAUUUGAACUCCAAAGUUUUGCGACGUAGCAGGACCCUGCGAAUCUUCAGGCUACGCA